AUGGCAGCAAGAAUUGCGAAGUCUCUCAAGCUCCGUUUCGUUUCAAAACCCAAAACUCCAAGCCCUCCUUCCAUACCUCAAUCACCAAUCACAGCCCACGGUGGAAGUGGUGGUUCAGGCCGUUUUUCCGCCCUGCAAACACCAACCAAAGAAGAUGAAACCCGACAAGUUUUCUCUUACUUCGACAAUGACAACGAUGGCAGGAUUUCAGUGGAUGAACUGAUGGCAUAUUUCACGUCCAUUGGAGAAUCCAUAACACAUGACGAGGCUCAGAAAAUCGUACAAGAAUUCGACAAAAACGGCGACAAUUUGUUGGAGUUUGAAGAGUUCGUCGGAUUAAUGGAAAAAGAUGAUAAUAUUCUUAAGAUGGCUUUUGAAGUGUUCGAGAUUGAAAAGGGUUCCGGGUGCAUCACGGCGGAGGGGCUGCGCCAGGUUUUUCGCCGCCUUGGAAACGCCAAAUCGUAUCAAGAAUGCGAGUCUAUGAUUAGAGUUUUUGAUCUUGAUGGCAACGGAGUGCUGGAUUUUUAUGAAUUUCAAAAGAUGAUGGCCAAUUAG